UCUGUUAUUUAGGACCAAAGAAAUCGAACGGAAGUCUCACUCUUCCUUCCUUGGAAAUGCAUUCACUAUUACAUCUAAUCCCCUCUUGAGUGUGAGCAGUGAGCAGUGAGCAGUGAAGAAUUUUGAUGUUCACCACCAUGUCUUUAGCUCCCCAUUAUCUCUAUUCUUCACGCUUACUUCCCAAAAUUUGCCCUCCUAACCAUUCCUCUUCCUCUUCCUUCAUUCUAUGCUCUCAAUCCCAUUCCCAUCCCAAACUCUCUCAUCCACCUUUCUCCACUUCCUUUUCAACUUCUCAUUCCCUUAAACACUCACCUUUCAUCCUCAGAGCAUCCGAUACAGAAUCCAAAACCGACACUGAUUCAGAUGAUCCUAACCAACAACCUUACGAAGAGUACGAAGUGGAGCUAGAGCAGCCUUAUGGUUUGAAAUUCGCCAAGGGCCGAGAUGGUGGAACUUAUAUCGACGCCAUUGCUCCUGGUGGUUUUGCCGACAAGACUGGAUUGUUCACCGUUGGUGAUAGAGUUCUUGCUACCAGUGCAGUAUUUGGUACAGAAAUAUGGCCCGCUGCUGAAUACGGAAGGACAAUGUACACAAUUCGGCAAAGAAUUGGUCCGUUACUCAUGAAAAUGCAGAAGAGAUAUGGAAAAACAGAUAGUUUCGGUGAGUUAACGGAAAAGGAGAUAAUCAGAGCAGAAAGAAACUCGGGCGUAGUCAGUAAUAAAGUGAGAGAAAUUCAAUUGCAAAAUGCCUUGAGAAUGAAGGAGCAGAAAGCACGCAGAGAAAAUGACCUACGCCAAGGGCUGCGUCUCUACAAGAAUGCUAAAUAUGAGGAAGCCUUAGAGAAAUUCGAAUCAGUGUUGGGAUCAAAACCAACUCCAGACGAAGCUUCGGUUGCUAGUUACAAUGUUGCAUGCUGUUAUUCCCAACUAAAUCAGUUAAAAGCUGGGCUAUCAGCACUUGAAGACGCCUUGGGAGCAGGAUUUGAAGACUUUAAGAGAGUUCGGACGGAUCCUGAUCUAUCAAACCUAAGGGCAUUAGAGGAAUUUGAGCCUCUUGUGAAAAGGUUUGACGAAUCAUUUAUCAAUGAGAAUGCCAUCAAUGCCAUCAAGUCCCUAUUCGGCUUCAAAACAUAAAAACAGACUCUUCUACAUUAAUCGUUUAUUAAACAAUUCACAUUCUUGUUGUCACAACUUGUAUAUAAGUAUCCUGAGCUUCUAGCUUUUAGACGAGUAACAAAAGAAUUUCCAGGGAAUUUGUUCCCAUAAGGAAAAAACUUUACAUAUUCAUAUUGGUGAUCCUAUACACAGUAUAGCUAUGUUGAAGAAACCUGUUUGUGUUCAAUUAAUUCCAAGAUAGUCAGUUUCUCUA